AUGGGAGUAGCCGGAAAUGAUAGGGUGGCAUGUGCCACGUUCCAAUUUCAGGAGGAUGCCCUGAUUUGGUGGGAAAUGGUAUCCCUCACUAGGGAUGUGACUAGAAUGACCUGGGAAGAGUUCCGGGAAUUGUUUAACGCCAAAUAUUACAAUGAGGCGGUCCGCAGUGCAAAGCGGAAGGAAUUUAUUGAGUUGGUACAAGGUGAGAGUAUGUCAGUGACCGAGUAUACUACCAAGUUUGAUCGCUUGGCCAAGUUGGCCUCCGGAAUUGUGCCAACAGAUUUCAGCAAGAAAGAAAAAUAUUUGGCUGGGCUGAAUGCCAAAAUCAGACAUGACUUGGUUAUUACAACAAGUGAUACUACAACCUAUGCAGAAAUGGUUGAUAAGGCUCUUCGAGCUGAAGGAGCAGUUAGAUUUUUACAAGAAACCCGAGAGUCUUCUGGUGUUGGUGGGGCUACUACUCUCCCUAUGUCGGGUCCUGAGAAAGAAAGUGGGGGUUCUACCUUUGAACAGAAGAAAAGAACUUUUCCAUCUUCGGGAAGUUCAGGGCAAGGUAAAAGGAAAGACUGUCCUCAGUUGAAGAAAGAGGAACUAAAGCCUGAGGUCAGACCUGUACCUGCCCCUGCACGUGUCUUUGCUAUUACUCAGGCAGAUGCUGCUGCCAGCCCUUCAGUAGUUGCAGGUUCUCGUGUCCCUAGAAUCUCAGCACUGAAAACUAGGGAUUUAUUACGAGAUGGAUGUGUUGGAUUUCUCGCAGUGGUAGUGGAUUCCAAUAAACCUGUGUUACUUGGGCCAGAAGAAGUUAUUGUGGUUAAGGAAUUCCUGGAUGUGUUUCCCGAGGAAUUGCCGGGAUUACCACCUCAGCGUGAGAUAGAUUUCAUCAUUGAUUUAAUCCCUGAAGCAGAACCUGUUUCAAAGGCACCUUACCGAAUGGCACCUGCUGAAUUAAAAGAACUAAAGAUACAACUCCAAGGGAUAAUCAGAAUGGCUCAGUUAGAAGAUUCAGAAUUGACUAAGAUUCGAGAAGAUGUCUUAGCAGGCAAAGCUAAGGACUUCUCCAUUGCUGACAAUGGGAUGCUGUUGUUUAAGACACGAGUGUGUGUCCCUGAUUUUAAUGAACUUAAGAGAGAAAUUUUAGAAGAAGCUCAUGCUACCCCUUACUCAUUACAUCCAGGAACCACCAAAAUGUAUCAAGAUUUGAAGCCCUAUUUCUGGUGGUACGGGAUGAAGAGGGAUGUAGUGGACUAUGUCACUAAAUGCCUAACACAUCGGCAAAUCAAAGCCGAGCAUCAGCGACCGGCAGGGUUACUUCAACCGUUAACACUUCCGGAAUGGAAGUGGGAAGACAUUGCGAUGGACUUUGUGGUUGGCUUGCCUAAAACCACAGGAUUGUACGACUCAGUUUGGGUCGUGGUGGAUCGCUUUACAAAAUAG